AUGAACCUGCGUCGCGGGGGCAAGGGCGGGGCCGGGCGCGCGAGGGCACCGCGCCAGCACCAGCAGCACGGCGCCGCCGACCUGCCGCCCGUCAAGUUCGACGGAGACUUCGACUUUGAGAGCGCCAACGCGCAGUUCAAUCGCGACGACCUCGACCGGGAGUUCAACAACAAGCUCAAGAUCAGGGGUGAGCGGGCGGGCGGAACCGCCCGCGGCAGAGCCGACCAACGCCGAACCCGCCCGAGACGGCGGGCGGUGGCGGUGGCAACGCGGCGACCGACGGGGGCUGCUGAUGAUGCCGGCGGCAGCGGCGGCGGCGGCGGCGACGAUGACGACGAUGGGCCGUCCAAUUACUACGACCGCACCAAAUCCUUCUUCGACAGCAUCUCCUGCGACAGUUCCCUGGGCCGCCGGCGGACCACGUGGGCGGAGGAGCGCAAGCUGAACACGGAGACAUUCGGCGUGACCCUCCGCUCGCCGUGGGGACGUGGGGGCGGCUACCGGGGACGCUGGGGGGGCGGCGGCGGCGGCGGCUUCCAUCGGGGACCCCGGGGUGGUUGGGGCCGCGGUGGUGGCGGUGGUGGCGGUGGUGGCGGUGGUGGCGGUGGUGGCCGAGGAGGUGGACAGGGAGGGGACAGGGAGGGGGAGGACCCCUCCUGUCGUCACACCUCGGUGCUGGGGCGAGGCAGCAGAGGGGGGCUGGAGGCGGUGGAGGCGGUGGUGGAGGCGGUGGAGGCGGUGGUGGCGGUGGGGGUGGUCAGGCUGGUGGACGUCUGUGGGUGGACCCCUCGGCGCAGAGCACUGGCCGAGUGUUGUCGUGAUCACCCGUCCCUCCCCUAGUGGACAACAACAACAACAACAACCAACUCCCUGUGUCGCUCGCUGCCUCUCGCCGCUAUGAGUCUCACCGACGUCCCUCACUGCCCCCCCUCAGGGGGACCCCCCCACCAACUGUCACUUCCCACUGCGGCGUCCCUCACUGCCCCCCCCAGAGGACCCCCCCCCCCCUACCAACUGACUGUCACUUCCCACUGUGACGUCCCUCGCUGUACCCCCUCAGGGGACCCCCCACCAACUGACUGUCACUUCCCACUGCGACGUCCCUCACUGCCCCCCUCAGGGGGACCCCCACCAACUGUCACUUCCCACUGCGACGUCCCUCACUGCCCCCCUCAGGGGGACCCCCACCAACUGUCACUUCCCACUGCGACGUCCCUCACUGCCCCCCCUCAGGGGGACCCCCACCCCACCAACUGUCACUUCCCACUGCGACGUCCCUCACUGCCCCCCCUCAGGGGGACCCCCCCACCAACUGUCACUUCCCACUGUGACGUCCCUCACUGCCCCCCCUCAGGGGGACCCCCCCACCAACUGUCACUUCCCACUGUGACGUCCCUCACUGCCCCCCCUCAGAGGGACCCCCCCCCACCAACUGUCACUUCCCACCUCGACGUCCCUCACUGCCCCCCCUCAGGGGGACCCCCCUACCAACUGUCACUUCCCACUGCGGCAUCCCUCACUGCCCCCCCUCAGA